AAAUCUGGACUCGGGUCUCGGGGAGUCGGGACCGACGACCGAGUCAGUUGCCGGCCAACUCUCGUUAGAGCUGCCUCACUCUCUCCAGUGCUCGAAGCCUUUACUCCCGCUUUUCACGUCCCAAAUUCCACCAGAAUGAAGUUUUUCGUCGCUCUGUCUGUCUUGGCCGUCUUCGGUACUGUAACAGCACUGAAAUGCUUCACCUGCAAUUCUGAAACAGACUCUGCCUGCAAUGAUAACUUCAACUCAGAUUCACCAGCUCUGCAAUCAGCUUUCAUCGUCGACUGUGAAGAGAAAGAUGGAAUGUCCCCAUUCUGUCGCAAAGUCAAGUAUGCAAUCCACAACGCCAGUGAGUUAAGAGUUCAGCGUGACUGCGGCUACAUGAAGCGUGAAGGCUAUGACUGCUACCAGAAGCGUUCUGAGGACUACGUUAUGGACACAUGCCAGUGUGAGCAAGAACUCUGCAAUGGUGCCCCAUCUCUUUCAACUUCUGUAGCUACGAUGUUUGCCAUCGCUGUCCCCAUCGUCGCUAGAUUCUUGUAAAGCUACAGUAUUGUAUUUCUCAAAGAAUGUCAUAUGUAGUAGAUAUAACACUGUCAAAACUGUGAUCAUGGUUAGUCUUACAAGGAGAAAAACUAAGUAGCAUUUAUCUCCUACAAGACUAGAGAUAAUCACUGUUACCAGUGCCACCUGCUUUAAAAUUACUAUACCGUAUACGCCAACUUUUAAAGGAAUAUUCAGCAUUUUACUGGUGUUGAAAUUAUUUCCUGUAAAGAUGGCUAAUACUUUGUUGCUACAGCAUAGAUAAAAAUUUUUGCAUUGAAGUAGAUCAGUACAACAUACCUUCUCCCAUAGCACUAAAUCUAGAACACAUUAAUGAAUUUGUAGCAAAUGUUCUUAGUCAAAUUCAGAGUAAAUCAAAAUAUAUAGUUUGCUGUAAUGUUUAAAAUUGUAGGGCUUUUUAAUUUAUAUAAUUUUGUCAAGUAGAUAAUGUAGUUUAUAAUUAGGAAUUAGACAUUUCCUUCCUAAAAGUAACUUGCAUAAUACGUACAUACAGCAUGAACAGCUGUCCCAAUCAAGACUACCAUUCCUUGUGGAUUACCUACUUUAACCCUAUGACCCCUGAGUUCUCAUUCCAACUCUUUUCUUGGUUUUUCCCUUUGUAUCUGCAGCCUCCUUUGUUUCAAGUAUUUCAUUUUUCCCUUUCUUUUCUUGAGUGAUGUUUCAAAACAGGAAAAUAUCUUCACUCAUAGAAUCCUAUAGAAUUCUCAUCGCAUCCCAUAAAAAUAUUUUUCUUUUGUAUAAAAGUGCACCCUGUAAAUAUUACAGUAUGUAAUAAAUGCACAUGUAAACUGUAUCUAAAAAUUCAUAACAUUAUAGAUAAUGAAUAGUCAAGAGCAGAAAAUAUUAUACUAGACAUUUUAUUACAAAAAUUGUUCACUGUACAUACUGUAUACAGUACUGUAAAUUAUGACAGCUUAGUUAAAAGUGCUCUUACACUCAGUGAGAAGAUGGCAGUAACUGUUAAAAUAUUGAUGCUGGGCCUUUAAUGAUUUACUAUACAUAAAAGUUGUUGUUGAGCUGUUUAAUGUUUAAAAGACAAUCAUUCAGUUAUGUAAAUGUGAAUAUUUUACACAGAUUUAUAGGUUGUACAUGGUGGUUAAUAAAUUUAAAAAUAUA